AUGCUAUCAAGCUGCUUGUCAGUCGUGAGCUGUGUGUGUACAUUCCUGGCUGUGUCAGUGUACAGCUCCAACCAUAAUGGGACAGACAGCUCAGUCAAACGGCAGCAUCGGAUUCAGCAUGGACCCUGCAGCUACAUGUUUCUCCUUCCCGAGAUCGAGAACUGCCAACCAUCCCCUGACCACCACAUCUCCAAUUCACCGCAGCGGGAUUCACCCGUUAAAUCCAACUGCUCCUCAAAACGGCUGCAGCAGCUGGAAGGCAUCCUGGACAACAAUAAACAGUGGCUGCAGAAGGUUCUGAACCAAACAUUACGCCUUGAAAUACAGCUGCUAGAGAACUCGCUGUCAAUCAACAAACUGGAGAAACAGAUCAUGGUGCAGAACCUGGAAAUUACUAAUCUCCAAGAAAAGAACAGCGUUCUGGAGCAGAAAGUCCUGGAAAUGGAAGGCAAACAUGAAUCUGAGCUGGAAUCAAUGAAGAUGGAGAAGCUGGAGAUGCUGGAGCUGCUGCUGAAGCAGAGCACCAUUACUGGUGAGCUGGAGAAGCACCCGAGCACCGUCAUGGGGAAUAGUGAUCACGCCACGUCAGACGACCAAAUUCAUCAAAUUCAAAAAGAAGAACCAGUAGUUUUUAAAGAUUGUGCUGAAGUGUUCAAAUCAGGAAUAUCCAGAAGUGGCAUCCACACACUCCAUAUCCCAAAUGUCACGGAAUCGAUGGAGGUGUUCUGUGACAUGGAGACCAGUGGAGGUGGGUGGACAGUGUUCCAACAUCGGGAAGAUGGGAAUGUGGAAUUCCACCAGGACUGGAAGGAAUACAAAUCACAAUUCUGGAUUGCCAUCAUUUAG